AUGCGCUCGUGCUGGCUCUCCCCGUGUUUUGCAGAAAGGCUACCAGAAUAUGUCAACUUCUGUAUUGUACAUGCUUGGCGAUACAAGGAGAUACAACAGGAAGCACUUGGUUUGACCUGCUGCCCUGUUCUUGCGGAGCGAUUUGUUUGGACUGUCGCGCUAGGCUGGCGCUGCCUGCUGCUGCCGCCUGGCCGGAGGGAGAAGCAGCACCUCUGGCUGCUGCCGCUUUCCCCCGCAGGUUUGGGCAGCGCAGUCAUGGAAGGAGAUGCUGCACCUCUGCUUCUUGCACAUGGAGCAUCUCUACGCAAAGGCCACCUCACUACCUGUCCACCAUGCACCAGCUCAGCUGCUAACAAGCUAAAACUCAAAACAAGAAUUUCUUGGCGCUUUAGGUCGUCGGGCCCUUUGCACUGCCACCGCUCCAAUCCUUUCCUAGUGUCGGUGGUAAUUAGCCAGUCCCCGAAAAACGGGGAAGCGCUGGAAAACCGAGAAGCCUCACAUAGCUUUCCCCGCAUCUGCGUUGCAGAGCAAAUGGCUGACGCUUCCCAGAAAUCCUGGAUAGAAAAUACUUUCACCAAGAGGGAGUGUGUGUAUAUUAUACCAAGUUCAAAAGACCCCCACAGAUGCCUUCCAGGAUGUCAGAUUUGUCAGCAACUUGUCAGGUGCUGUUGUGGCCGCUUGGUCAGACAACAUGCUUGUUUUACUGCAAGUCUUGCUAUGAAAUACUCCGAUGUGAAGCUGGGUGAAAACUAUAAGCAGGAAAUAGAAGAAUGGUCAGUGGAAAAACAUACAGAACAGACCUCUACUGAUGCUUACGGUGUCAUCAACUUUCAAGGUGGCUCUCAUUCUUACAGGGCUAAGUAUGUGCGAUUGUCAUAUGACACUAAGCCUGAAGCUAUUCUGCAACUUAUGCUUAAAGAAUGGCAGAUGGAGUUGCCGAAGCUUGUUAUAUCUGUACAUGGGGGCAUGCAGAAAUUUGAACUUCACCCACGCAUCAAACAGUUGCUUGGCAAAGGUCUUAUUAAAGCUGCAGUAACAACAGGAGCCUGGAUUAUAACUGGAGGAGUGAACACAGGUGUUGCAAAACAUGUUGGUGAUGCUCUAAGAGAACAUGCUUCCAGAUCAUCUCGAAAGAUUUGCACUAUUGGGAUUGCUCCAUGGGGAGUGAUUGAAAACAGAAAUGACAUUGAUGGAAGAAAUGUGGUUGCUCCAUAUCAAACCUUGUUAAACCCGUUAAGUAAACUAAACGUCCUAAAUAACCUCCAUUCCCAUUUCAUUCUGGUGGAUGAUGGAACAGUUGGAAAGUAUGGAGCAGAAGUUAAAUUGCGGAGAGAACUGGAAAAAACUAUUAAUUUGCAACGGAUCCAUGCAAGAAUUGGCCAAGGUGUGCCUGUGGUGGCACUUGUAUUCGAAGGUGGCCCCAACGUCAUACUCACAGUUUUAGACUUCCUUCAAGAGAGUCCUCCUGUGCCGGUGGUAGUAUGUGAAGGAACUGGUAGAGCUGCAGACAUAUUGGCAUACGUUCACAAGCAAACAGAGGAGGGAGGGAAUGUUCCUGAGGGUGCUGAGCCUGAAAUAAUUUCAACCAUCAAAAAGACGUUUAACUUUGGUCAAAGUGAAGCAGUUCAUUUGUUUCAGACACUGCUGGAAUGCAUGAAAAAAAAAGAACUUAUUACAGUUUUUCAUAUUGGGUCAGAUGAACACCAGGACAUUGAUGUUGCAAUACUUACAGCAUUGUUAAAAGGCACGAAUGCAUCUGCAUUUGACCAGCUUGUUCUUACACUUGCAUGGGAUAGAGUUGACAUAGCCAAAAAUCAUGUUUUUGUUUAUGGGCAACAAUGGCUGGUUGGCUCUCUGGAACAGGCUAUGUUAGAUGCCCUCGUGAUGGAUAGAGUUGCAUUUGUGAAACUUCUGAUUGAAAAUGGAGUUAGCAUGCACAAAUUUCUUACAAUUCCCAGGCUGGAAGAGCUUUAUAACACAAAACAAGGCCCAACUAACCCAACACUCUUUCAUCUUGUUCGGGAUGUCAAACAGGGAAAUCUUCCUCCGGGAUAUAAAAUCAACCUGAUUGAUGUGGGGUUGGUUAUUGAAUAUCUGAUGGGAGGAACCUAUAGAUGCACCUAUACAAGAAAACGCUUUAGAGCUAUAUACAAUAGUCUCAGCGGGAACAAUCGGCGGUCUGGGCGAAAUCCUUCAAAUACUACUCCUCAGAUGUGUAAAAGCCAUGAUUCUUUUGGUAACAGGGCAGACAAGAAAGAAAAAAUGCGCCAUAAUCACUUCAUCAAAACAGCACAGCCAUACAAACCAAAGAUUGACACUGGUGCAGAAGAGGGAAAAAAGAAAAGAACCAAAGAUGAAAUAGUAGACAUAGAUGAUCCUGAAACGAGACGUUUUGCUUAUCCUCUCAACGAGCUGUUGCUUUGGGCGGUGUUAAUGAAGAGGCAGAAGAUGGCCCUCUUCUUCUGGCAGCAUGGGGAGGAGUCCAUGGCGAAAGCCUUAGUUGCUUGCAAAGUGUAUCGUUCGAUGGCAUAUGAAGCAAAACAAAGUGACCUUGUUGAUGAUACUUCAGAAGAACUGAAACAGUAUUCCAACGAGUUUGGUCAACUGGCAGUUGAACUGUUAGAACAGUCCUUCCGACAAGAUGAAACUAUGGCAAUGAAGUUACUAACCUAUGAGCUUAAAAAUUGGAGCAACUCAACUUGUCUGAAGCUAGCAGUGUCAUCAAGGCUUCGUCCAUUUGUAGCACAUACUUGUACACAGAUGUUGUUAUCGGAUAUGUGGAUGGGAAGGCUGAACAUGAGGAAGAAUUCAUGGUACAAAGUGAUACUGAGUAUUUUACUCCCUCCUGCUAUACUGCUGUUGGAAUAUAAGACCAAGGCUGAAAUGUCACAUAUUCCUCAAUCUCAAGAUGCACAUCAAAUGGCAAUGGAUGACAGUGAAAACAACUUCCAGAAUGCAGCAGAUGAAAUACCUAUGGAGGUGUUUAAAGAAGUAAGGAUCUUGGACAGUGCUGCAGAAAAGCAUGAUAUGGAGACUCCAGCAAAACCUAAAAGACUUCCAAUUACACAGAAAUUUUAUGCGUUUUAUCAUGCACCAAUUGUGAAGUUUUGGUUUAAUACGUUGGCAUACUUAGGAUUCCUCAUGCUCUACACAUUUGUGGUUCUUGUAAAAAUGGAAGAAUUACCGUCCGUUCAAGAGUGGAUUGUUAUUGCUUACAUUUUCACAUCAGCAAUUGAGAAAAUUCGUGAGAUUUUUAUGUCGGAGGCUGGGAAGAUUAAUCAGAAGAUUAAGGUGUGGUUCAGUGAUUACUUCAAUAUCAGUGACACAGUUGCCAUUGUCACUUUCUUCAUCGGGUUUGCAUUAAGAUUUGGAGCGAAGGGGAAUUUUGGUGAAAACACUUACAGAGAAAAUUAUGUCUUUGUUGCUGGAAGAAUAACAUACUGUCUCAAUAUAAUUUUUUGGUAUGUGCGAUUACUGGAUUUUCUAGCUGUAAAUCAACAGGCUGGCCCUUAUGUUAUGAUGAUUGGGAAAAUGGUGGCCAACAUGUUUUACAUUGUGGUGAUUAUGGCACUUGUACUACUCAGUUUUGGUGUUCCCAGGAAGGCAAUAUUGUAUCCUGAUGAGGCACCCUCUUGGACUCUUGCUAGAGAUAUUGUGUUUCAUCCAUACUGGAUGAUUUUUGGUGAAGUGUAUGCCUAUGAAAUUGAUGUAUGUGCAAAUAAUUCUGAUGAAAAAGUUGCUCAUCUCUGUGGCCCAGGAACAUGGUUGACCCCAUUUCUUCAAGCUGUCUACCUCUUUGUACAGUACAUAAUUAUGGUUAAUCUCCUUAUUGCAUUUUUCAAGAAAGAACUCUUCCUGACAGAAGAAGAUCAAAAGAAACUUCACGAUUUUGAAGAGCUGUGUGUUGAGAUGUAUUUCAAUGAAAAGGAUGAUAAAUUUCAUUCUGGAAGCGAGGAGAGGAUCCGAGUCACAUUUGAAUGGGUGGAACAAAUGUGCAUUCAGAUAAAGGAAGUUGGUGAUCGUGUCAACUACAUAAAACGGUCAUUACAGUCUUUAGAUUCACAGAUCGGCCACCUACAGGAUCUCUCUGCUCUAACUGUGGAUACUCUGAAAACACUGACUGCACAGAAAGCUUCGGAAGCCAGCAAGGUUCAUAAUGAAAUCACACGGGAAUUGAGCAUUUCGAAACAUUUGGCACAAAACCUCAUUGAGGAUGGCUCUCUAAGAUCAUCUGUGUGGAAAAAGCACAGCAUUGGAAACGUCUUCGGUUCUUUUCCACAAGGAGGCCUUGAAAGUAAUAAUGCUUUACUCUGUAACAUUUCUAUACGUGAUGAAAAAGAAGUCCAACAUAAGACAAUUGGUCAGGAGUUAGCUCCAGUUCCCCGAAGAGAAGAAAUAAACUUUCAAGAGGCAGGUUCCUCAGGCAGUGCCUUAUUUUCAAAUGCUGUUUCCCCUCCAGAACUUCGCCAACGAAUACAGGCUGCAGAGAUCUCAAAAUCUAUUAGUAGAAGUAAAAAAUUAGGCAAUUCAUCCAACAGCAUGCCACAUGUAACAUCCCAAACAGCUAAAUUUUUUGUUAGCACUCCAUCUCGGCCCAGUUGCAAAAGUCAGCUGGAUUCUUCAGCAAAGCGUGAAGAGACUGUUUUCUCUAAGGCUACAGAAGGAGAUAAUAAUGUAGAAUUUGGUGCAUUUGUGGGUCACAGAGACAGCAUGGAGUUGCAGCGGUUUAAAGAGGCAGCAAGCAAAAUUAAAGAAAGAAGUGCUGAUAUUGAGGAGCAGCAGGAAGACUUCAAAAAAGCUAUAUUGGAGGGCAUAGAGACAACCAGACUUCAAGGUCUUCAAACUGACUGUGGCCUAAGACAAUCUAGUUCUUGCGGUGGGUUUACUGACCCUCUGGCAGUCCAUUCAGAACAACUUUUCAUGAUUCUUCAAACUGACUGUGGCCUAAGACAAUCUAGUUCUUGCGGUGGGUUUACUGACCCUCUGGCAGUCCAUUCAGAACAACUAUACAGCAAGAGUCGAAGAGCAUCGAGUGAAGACGCUCAGCAAGUGGACUCUAAAGCAGCCUUACUGACGGAUUGGUUACAAGGUAGACCUUCAAACAGCAGUCAAAUGCCAUCUGAAGAAGAUGCGUUGAAUGGCAUUGCUUCUCCUUUCAAGCCUAUCAUGGAUAUCAAUUACUAUUACUCAGGUGAACCAGUCACUGUGUAUCGCCUUGAAGAAAGUUCUCCCAGCAUCUUGAACAACAGCAUGUCUUCCUGGUCACAACUAGGACUCUGUGCUAAAAUUGAAUUUUUAAGUAAAGAGGAGAUGGGAGGAGGUUUACGUCGAGCUCUUAAAGUAGUAUGCACGUGGUCAGAAUAUGAUAUCCUGAAAUCAGGACAUCUUUAUAUCAUCAAGUCUUUUCUUCCUGAAGUUGUGAAUACUUGGUCAAGCAUUUAUAAGGAGGACACCGUGUUACACUUGUGCUUGAGAGAAAUUCAACAGCAGAGGGCAGCACAGAAGCUCACCUUUGCUUUCAAUCAAAUGAAGCCCAAAUCCAUUCCGUACUCUCCAAGGUUCCUGGAAGUUUUCCUGUUAUACUGCCACUCUGCUGGCCAGUGGUUUGCAGUUGAAGAGUGCAUGACUGGAGAAUUUAGAAAAUAUAACAACAAUAAUGGUGAUGAAAUAAUUCCAACUAACAUGCUAGAGGAGGUUAUGCUAGCUUUCAGCCAUUGGACAUAUGAGUAUACAAGAGGAGAAUUGUUGGUACUAGAUCUGCAAGGUGUGGGUGAAAAUUUGACAGAUCCCUCUGUGAUAAAAGCUGGAGAAAAAAGGUCAUAUGAUAUGGUGUUUGGUCCGGCCAAUUUGGGAGAGGAUGCAAUAAAAAACUUCAGAGCGAAGCAUCACUGUAAUUCCUGCUGCAGGAAACUUAAACUUCCUGAUCUGAAGAGGAACGAUUACACACCUGACAAGAUCCUAUUUCCUCAGGAUGAUUCCCCUGAAUUGACAAUUCAGCCUGGAAGCUGCACCAAAGAAUCCGAUUCAGCUAAUUCUAUUCGUCUGAUGCUCUAAUGAUGUGACCAAAUCAGUGGCUUCAUCCAGACUUCACGGAAUGUCACGCAGUCGUCACUUAUCUUUCUUUCACUAUAAUUAAAAGAAAGAUAUGUCAAAACAAGGAUUGCUGUCUAAGUGGAAUUUUGGCUGGUCCGUAAUCUAAGGACCUAACAGCUUGUGAUAACCAUCUACAGAGAACAGCCUGGCAGCUGCUCAUUUUAAAGGUUGAAUAAUGACAAGUAUUUAAGAUAUGUUUUUAAAGGGGCUGUUUAGCAGAAGGUUUGUUUUUUUUUAUUUUGUUUUGGUUUAGUGGAGGAUUUUCUCUCUGUAGUCCUGUGGUGUGCAAUAUGCCUUCAACCAAAAGGAUUUUGGUAGUUGAUGUUUUAAGGUAAAGCAUUUGUCUGUUUGGCAGCUGUCUUACUGUCAGUCAGCAAAAGACAGGAGAAAGCACCUACCUCUGUAAUGCCAGAGUAUACUUUGAGCAUUUUUGGAAGUGUUCCACUAAUGUUUUCUCACCAGACGUCUUGUCAUCUGGCCUUUUGAAGAGGACAGAGCCAAAUGAGGUGUGUGUAUGAUGCCAGUAGGCUGAGGUUGAAGGUAGGAACUUGAUCUGUUCCAAUAGAGAGAGAGAGUCUCCUGAAUCAGGAUUCAGCUUCGUGGCUGUAAAGCUGUUGGUUUUUUUGGUUUUGUAUUUGUUGUUUGUUUUUUUUUUUUUUUGUGGAAUAGAGCCCUAAUUGUGCAUAAUGAAAUUCCUUGUUUUAUACAUUUCAAUUUUAUCAAGUCACUGUCAAAUAGUAACAAAGCCAUGAUAGACCGGUAUAAUCAUAUUUAAUAGAAGAAAUAGUAUGUACUGGUCCAAAUAAGUUGCCUUGUAAGAACACAAGUUGGAAGUGCUUUUCCUCGUACGUAGUGACUGCUUCAGAAGUUAUGCCUUCCAAAGAUCUCGUAAAACCAGUAUAUCAAACCCGAAUGUACACAUAACUUUUAAAUGUAUUUAAAAUUGUGUAGAAAACAUCUUUAAUGUUAUGUUAUUUGUGGUACUUAUUUAAGAGAGACUAGGGUUGGAUUAGCAUUAUGUAAAGUACGGGAGAUUGCAAUGCACCUUCAUGCCAAUAAAAUGUAAUUUAACUGUCCCAAAUAUUGUUGAGCAUUCAGCAAGAAAAAACUGUUGUCCAACUGAAGUUUCAUGCUGCGAUUUUUUUUUUUGUUACAUAGGUACUAAUUUGUAAUUUUUAAUUAAAAGGGCAGUAUAUAGCUCUAUAAAUUUUUUAUUCAGUAGUGUAUCUUAUAGAUACAGACCUAAGGCACGAACACAAUAGCUGUUUAAAUGGUGUUUUAUGUUUGAUGGGGAAAGGUAAAAUGUUAUAAGGAUAUAAUACUGUAUACAUUUUGUAUAUCAUUAAAUCUUUAAAGAAUCUAAAAUAAAUUUAUUCUUGUUUACAGACUUCUGCUGUCCGUCUUAGUCUGAAAAGUUAUUUGGGUGAAUUCUGCUGAAAGGUAGAAUUUGCCAUGCUGGAUCAAAGAGUUGUCGGCCCUUUGAGGUAUCUCAACUUUGGCUAACACCAGAAACUAGGGGGAGGAAAAAAAAGUGAAAACUGUCAUAGUAGACAAACAUAUGCGAUGGGGUUAAUGGGUAAAUGAGACAAAAAUAUCUUAAAGCUCUUUACGAUGUUUGUUUUGAAUUAGGAGCUGCUUCGUGGAUGCCUGACUGCAUCCCCUUCUGUUGCUGUGAGGUAACGGGCAGUU